GUUGUUGCUGCUUUUCCCUUUUUGACGGCUUUGUCCUUUUUUGAAAUGGCAACAGACCCAUAACCCGGACCCUUCCCUCGGCAGAGAGGGCCGUCCUGCGAAAGGAGGGAGUCUGCAGGGAGGGAUUGGCGGAGGCCGUGCAGAAGAAGCUCCAGGCGGAAGUGGAGAAGGAACAGCAGGUGCCAAAAGGUAACUUCUGAAAAAGCUCUGCAAAGAAUACGUUGUGAGAGCUUUGCCCAAGGAGUGCUCUAAGUCUAAAGGGACUUCAAAAUACACAGCAAUGACAACAAGAAAAAAUAAGUAGUAAAAAUAUAUUUCAAGCUACAAACCUAUGCAGUUAAGAGGAGGAAAUAAGAUUGUGCUGAAAAAAGAGAGGCUUGGGAAAGCGAGCAGAAGGCUACAGCAAUACAAAGACAAAUACAAAGUUCAGGAGGUUAUAUCUGUGAACUCCUGGCAUAAUAUUUGAAUUAUAAAUAUAAAAGAAUGGCAAGUCCUCUACCUCCCUAUCCUAGAUCACACACAGGGGAGAAGUUACAUCAGUGUCUGGAAUGUGGGAAACAAUUUGAUUGGAAAAAUUCUCUUACUGUACAUGAACGGACCCACACAGGGGAGAAGCCAUAUGAAUGUGUGGAAUGUGGAAAGAGCUUCAGUCGGAGUGACAAAUUACGUUCCCAUCAAAGGACCCACACAGGGGAGAAACCCUAUAAAUGCAUAGAAUGUGGAGAAAGCUUCAGUCGGAGUGACAGUCUACGUUCCCAUCAAAGGACCCACACAGGGGAGAAGCCAUAUAAAUGCAUGGAAUGUGGAGAAAGCUUCAGUCACAGUGGCAGUCUACGUUCCCAUCAAAGGACCCACACAGGGGAGAAGCCCUCUAAAUGCAUGGAAUGUGGAAAGAGCUUCAGUCAGAGUGACAAAUUACGUUCCCAUCAAAGGACCCACACAGGGGAGAAACCCUAUAAAUGCAUAGAAUGUGGAGAAAGCUUCAGUCGGAGUGACAGUCUACGUUCCCAUCAAAGGACCCACACAGGGGAGAAGCCAUAUAAAUGCAUAGAAUGUGGAGAAAGCUUCAGUCGGAGUAACAAUCUACGUUCCCAUCAAAGGAAGCACACACGGGAGAAGCCAUAUAAAUGCAUAGAAUGUGGAGAAAGCUUCAGUCGGAGUGACAAUCUACGUUCCCAUCAAAGGACCCACACAGGGGAGAAGCCAUAUAAAUGCAUGGAAUGUGGAGAAAGCUUCAGUCCGAGUAACAAUCUACGUUCCCAUCAAAGGAAGCACACAGGGGAGAAGCCACAUAAAUGCGUAGAAUGCGGAAAGAGCUUCAGUCACAGUGGCAAUCUACGUUCCCAUCAAAGGACCCACACAGGGGAGAAGCCAUAUAAAUGCAUAGAAUGUGGAAAGAGCUUCAGUCGGAGUGACAAGCUACGUUCCCAUCAAAAGACCCACACAGGGGAGAAGCCAUAUAAAUGCAUAGAAUGCGGAAAGAGCUUCAGUCGGAGUGACAGUCUACGUUCCCAUCAAAGGACCCACACAGGGGAGAAGCCAUAUAAAUGCAUAGAAUGUGGAAAGAGCUUCAGUCAGAGUGUCAGUCUACGUUCCCAUCAAAGGACCCACACAGAGGAGAAGUCACCUUAAUGCACGGAAUAGGAACAGAGCUUUAGAAAAAGUUCAGCAUACAGUAGACAUCACAGAACUCAUGUACCUCUAGAGGAGACGGGCCUUUGAGUUUCCGAAUCUAUAAAAACACAUUGGAAGGAAAGAGGAAGGCCAGCACCUUGCUCUCUCUCCACCAUGAAUCGGAGUUUGUGUGGCCUUGGUUGACGGCUACUGGGAGCAGGUGUCACUCAGAAUGGCAGCAAGCUUGGAAGGGGU